AUGACUCCCGCAGGGAUCACCAUGACGACCAUUCUCCUCUUCUUCAUAGUGGGAAUACUCGGUCCAGCUCCAGCUACCAGUUCCCGUCUGAGCAAAACUUGUUGUACACGAUACAAUAAGAAACCCGUGCCCUUUGCUCGUAUAAAGGGCUACAGAGAACAAACCACCGAGGAAAACUGCCGUAUUGAUGCAAUCAUCUUCUACACCAUUAAUAACUAUGAGGUUUGUGCGACUCGUCAGGAUGAAUGGGUGAAAAACGUCCUGUUUCUUCUCAGCUCAAAACUGAAGAACAUGUCCAAAACCACCAAAAACACAAAAGAGGUGACGGGAAAAUCUGAAAUUACUUCGACGCACGAUGGAAGUGGAGCUUCCUUCAACACAGCAGACGUCUUCGACAGUGAAAAUUCUCAUUAG